AUGUUUGGUGCGGCAUCCGGAGGAAAUUCACUGUUCGGGGGCGCAAACGCGUCGACGCCGACGCCUACUCCUGCGCCGGCCGGCAACCUCUUCAAUUUCAACAAAAAGCCGGGCGAAGGGUUCGCGGGCGCCGGCCAAAAUAACGUCUCGACACCAAGCCCUGCGGGCGAUCUCCUAGGCGCCAAGUCGACGACUACAGGCGGGCUUUUUGGGCCAAAGACGGAACAGAAGCCCGCAGGCGGCCUUUUCGGACAGAGUAGUGCCGCUCCCAAUGGCACUGGCGGCGGUGGUCUCUUCGCUAGCACGGGCAACAGCGGCAGCACCCAAUUGGGUGGGCUGUUCGGCAACAGUGCUGCGGGCGGUGGUGGGAGUCUUUUUGGCGCCGGCUCGGCCGCGAACAACAACGCAUCCACCUCGUUGGGAAAUCUCUUUGGGAAACCUAAUGACACGGCACCGGCAGCUGGUGGAGGUCUUUUCAGCAAUCGGCCGAACACAGCCACCACAAAUACCGUUUCUUCCACUAACAGUCUUUUUAGCAAUAAUCAGGGAAAUGGUGCGCAGAAUAAUGGGGGGCUCUUUGGUGCGAAACCUACCGGGGGGCUCUUUGGAAACAGCACCGCUCAGCCACAGUCGUCGCUUUUUGGAGCUUCCUCCUCACAGAAUAAUCAGCAGCAGCAGCAGCAAACACAGCAACUGUCCCUUCUGGGUUCCAAUCCAUAUGGCCUGAAUCUGACUGGUGUUCCUGUUACUACCAUGCCGGAAUCUAUAACGGCAGCAAUUACGUCUAAGAAGAAGAACGAGCUACCGCUUGUGCACGAGAAGAAGAGGAUGUUUUCGACCUCUUCUGCCUCAAACGUGCUACCACUUGUUAGCAAUCAAUCCACUCUUAUCAGUAAGCUAAGUUCUAGGUUAAACUCGGGGAAAAAUGGUGAAUCUACACGGGGUUUAUUCUCACCAUCCAGGAAAGUGCUCAGCCAAGGCCCACUGGUAGCAGCAGACAAUACCAGGGAUUUGAAUCCACCACUGAACCAUCCGUCAUCGUCUAUUCCGUCACGCCCAUUGCUUUCUUUGGCCAACCGAACGGAUUUAUCAGACAUGCGGAAACUUAAACUCGAUCCACAUAGAAGCGCUGCCAAAAAGCUGCGUCUGCUGAAUGGUCAGAGUGCUACCACUAAGCUGAAAAUCCUAGAUACGAACUACCAGUCUCAGCGCGAGGAAUCUUCAGAAAUCUUUGUAUCUACGAAAACUGAUAGACAGCCUCUGGAGGAAAAAUGCGAAGUCAGUAGUACUACAGGUAUUCCGGAAUCAGACAAUGGAUGCGAUGGCUACUGGUGCUCGCCCUCCAUUGAGCAGCUGCAACGGUUGACUCCGCAGCAACUUUCUGCGAUUCCGAAUUUUGUCAUCGGGCGUAAAGGCUAUGGUAGCAUUUCCUUUGACUUGGAUGUUGAUUUGACAGCAUUCAGCGACGACUUCAAGCAUGCGCUUUUUGGUAGCGUCAUCAUGUUUAAUGAAAACAAGACAGUGGAGGUAUAUCCGGAUGAUUCUCUGAAACCGCCAAUAGGCCUGGGCUUGAACGUUCCGGCUACUAUAACUCUGGAACGCAUAUAUCCAAUAGAUAAGAAGACAAACCAGCCCAUCACUGAAAACUCCGACCUCGCGAAGGUUCAGUAUUUCGUCAAGAGGCUGAAAAGUAUGAGAGACAUGGAGUUUAUUUCAUAUAAUCCAUAUGGAGGUGUUUGGACUUUCAAGGUGAAGCACUUUAGUAUUUGGGGUUUAGUCAAUGAUUCUGACGUUGAAAUUGACGACGUUGAACUAGAGGCUGCUAGAGAAGCUGAGAUUAAGCAGCGGAUAGUUGCCAUUCCGAAGAGACCCGGGUUUGGGAAGCAGGCGGAUAGUACUGUUCCUGGAGGGUUUGAUCAGCUGGUCCAUAUUCCCUCAUCUGUAGACAUCGACAUGACGCAGACGUCACCAGAUGAUUACUCUUUGACUAGUGCCCCAGUUGAUGCCUUGCUGCACGAUGAAGCCAUGACGGAUCUUAUCGAGGAGAAGCCCUACGAACCCUCCGAUGUUGAUGAAGAAGAUUUUGAAGGUUUAGAAGCGGAGCCGAAUUUGGAAGUCUCCUCUGACUGGCACCAACAACUGCAGCUCGCCGCUGAUCCUUACAAGUCGGUGUUUGCUAAUUCUACUUCAUUGAAUAGGGUGAACAAAAUGGACGAUGUCAUCUUUAACACUUUUCAAAAAGAUAUGGAUGAGUUCAAGUCGAUAAGAAGGCAAAGAAGGUUGGACUCCGCGCCCAGCUUUGUAAGAUUUAACAAUGACUCUACGAUAACAAUGAAAACAGACAAGUCUACCUCUGGCUGUACAGUGACUGCCUCUCCGCUGCCGCUGCAAACUCAAAGAAGCUCGAUCGAUUCUGUUCUGAAGAAGUCUCUAAUAGACUCCACUAUUGAAUUGAGAAAUAAUAACUACCCAAUUGUGAAGCAGUUUUCGCUGACCUUCGAUGACAUUGCAGCUGCGUAUAAACCUAUCCCUGCGGAAUAUAGGAUAUGGAAGUUAGCUUCGAUCCUAUUUGAUCCUAUUUCUGUUAGUAAAUCAAGAAGUCACCCAGAUGACGCAGUUAAAGACGUCCUUGUUAAAAAAAAACAGUACGAGCUACUUUGUGACUGGAUUAUUAAUGAAAUUAAUUCUGAAGUGGGGGCUAAGAUUGCAAGUGCAGGCCCUCUGGAGAAGAUAUUUCUGUACUUAGUGAAACGGGACAUCAUAGGUGCUACAACUGCUGCGAUUGCAAGCAAUAACAACCACCUGGCUGUUUUGGUUACUCUGCUCGGGUCGAAUGAUCCCCUAGUUCGCGAGCUGUCAACCUCUCACCUCUCCAAGAUUAAAAAAUUGGGCUCUAGCUUGGACAUAAACAUCAUAAAAAUUUACCAGUUAUUGACUGGAUCACCAUUUGCAGAGUCCGCCAAUUCUGUUAUUUCAGAAGGCCUAUCAUGGCUUGCGACCUUGGGACUGCAGAUAUUUUACGGAGACAUCGAUGCUUUGUCACUUCGGGAACUAAUAGAAAGAGGCCUUGAGUACUCAUGUAAAGACCAAUGGCCUUUGAAUGACAUAUCUGCAAAUAUUCUACGCUUAUAUUGCUCCGAUGUCACUCCCGAUAUCUUGGUUGGCAAUCUCAAGAUAUCGUCGAAUAAUCUGGAUGUUCGUCUAUCCUGGUUCUUCAUCCAAAUUUUGACACGCGACGAUAUAUCGCCGUCCCUUCGGGACCACUUAACCCUGCAGUAUGUCGAGCAGCUAAAGCUUAAUCGUAUGUUUGGUGAAGCGCUAUUCAUCAUGUGCUUCAUUAACGACGAUCGUUUAGCUAAGCAACAAGUUGAUCACCUUCUAAGUUCACAAAUCACGUUUUUCUCGCAAGAUAGCAACUACGAGCUGCUGACCAGACUUCGGAUACCAAAGUCAAGCUACUAUGCGUUCCUCGCGUUGCUUGACAAGUACAAUAGAAACCACUUGUCCGAGGCGCGCAAUUUGCUGAAGGCAGGCCACUUCCAAGAGGCUGAGAAGGUGGUAAUAGUGAGCGUUGCUCCAAAGUUAGUGCUAGAUGGGUCAGCUGCUAACUUGCAGACACUGCGUCAAUUAUUGGAGACUUUCCCCGCACAACAGAUGGAAACUUGGACUCACGGCCUGGGGGUAUUUGAGAAGUACCUCCAGAUAGCACUUGACAACAACCACAACCAAGAGCUGCUUUCCGAUCUGGUCCGGGUUCUGCCCGUCCUGGCCACGGAUUUCGGCUCCCACCGAGAACUCUCCGUCGUUUGCUGUGUCAUGUCCAAACUUGUCUGUCAUAUCAUCCUUGAGAAUUAUCGACAAGCGUUGGAGACCCCGUCUUUUAAAGACAGAUUACUUGCAUUGCCGCUGGGACAGCCCGAAACUAUCUACCUGAAACGGGCGCUCGCAUCCACGUAA